AUGUUGGAAGGAAAUCAAACAGUGGCGAUUGCUGAGUUCAUUUUUGUGGGAUUAACAGACAACCCGAAGCUACAGCUCAUUCUCUUUUUUGUAUUCCUCCUCAUCUACAUCACCAGCUUGGUGGGGAACCUUGCAAUGAUCAUGUUAAUCAGGGCCAGUUCCCAGCUCCACACCCCAAUGUAUUUCUUCCUCAGUAACUUAUCUUUCUUGGAUAUCUGCUAUUCCUCAGUAGUUGCCCCCCAAAUGUUGGCCAACUCUAUUGCAGAUAAAAAAUCAAUUUCAUUGGCUGGAUGUGCAACACAAAUGUACUUUUUCAUAGCAUUGGGUACCACAGAGUGCUGUCUCCUGGCUGUGAUGGCGUAUGAUCGAUACGUGGCUAUCUGCAACCCACUGUUGUAUCAAGUUCUUAUGUCUCCCAGAGUCUGUAUCCCUCUAGUGGUUGGGUCAUAUGUACUUGGGCUUUUCCAUUCUCUUGUUCACAUGGUCUUCACAUUUAGACUGUCCUUCUGUGGGUCUAAUGUGAUCAAUCAUUUCUACUGUGACAUCACGCCAUUGCUGUCCAUCUCCUGUUCCGAUACAAGUCUCAGUGAAAUUCUUUUAUUCAGCCUUGUUGGAGUCAUUGAAAUGAUCACCAUUCUGACUGUUGUCAUCUCCUACCUGUACAUCCUUGCCACCAUCCUGAGAAUCCGCUCAGCCCAUGGGAGGCACAAAGCCUUUUCCACCUGUGCUUCCCAUUUUACGGGUGUCACAAUAUACCAUGGGACAAUUCUCUUCAUGUAUUUGCGACCCACUUCUAGCUACUCCUUGGAUACUGACAAAAUUCUUGCUCUGUUCUACACACUGGUGAUCCCUUUAAUGAACCCAUUAAUAUACAGUCUAAGGAACAAAGAUGUGAAGGAUGCUUUGAUAAAAGUG